GGGGCUGCCAAGGUUGGUGUAAUGCAAGCUGUCAGCGGCACAGCUUCGAAGAUGACUGCGUCUGUAGGAUCGUUUGCUUAAACUCAUAGCGCAGCCUGCUGCACGAUCUGGACUUUGCCACCUCUUCAUAUACAACAUUUUGGCGUAAUGGGCCAUGUUUUACAUCUCGACCUUCCCCUUGGACCUGCCAAUUUGCUUGGGAUAUCUGCUGCCAGUGGGUUAAAUGGGCCUGGCGCUUGGGCGUUUUGGAUCAUGACUGUCUUCCUCUCGUGGACCCAUAUCGGUAUCUCUACCUACUUGAGCGACUUCUAUGUGUCCAGCUUACUUUACACAAAUUGGACAGCGGCUGACUUGCUCUAUCAGUUACCCUGUCUUGAUACACCAUUCGCACACGGAGUAUCCUUGCGGGGCUCUGUCGCUGCAUCUUUCACCAUCACUUAUUGGGGCUUCUAUCACGCGUCAUUGCAGCUUCUCGUCUGCUUCGUGUAUGGCAGGCGUUCAACACUUCCUCCAGCGCACGGCCAGCCAGGCGGCGACGAACUUUGAUCUUGCUCCUUGGCUUAUUAAUUCCUUCACUUACGGCCUGGGUGUUAUCACGACAACUAUCGGAUCCCCGUCAUUCGGACACCCUUU